CGUGACGCACCAACCCGGAAGAGGAAGCAGCGCGCGCGUGAAUAAGCCGCCGUCCGCGGGAGGCUUUCUUUAUAUCGUGGUCUCCGGUCUCCGUCACUAUGCAGAGAGAGGAGAAGCAGCUUGAACUAUCUCUUGAGGCUCUCAUUAGUCAAGUGGCUGACCUGAAGAAUUCCUUAGUCGGUUUCAUUUACAAGCUGGAAAAUGAAUAUGACCGACUUACCUGGCCCUCAGUGUUAGACAGCUUCGCUCUGCUCUCAGGUCAGCUGAAUACCCUGAAUAAAGUGCUAAAACAUGAGAAGACUCCACUGCUGCGCAAUCAGGUCAUAAUUCCACUAGUGCUGUCUCCAGAUCGUGAUGAGGAGAUCAUGCGGCAGACAGAAGGCCGAGUGCCAGUGUUCAGCCAUGAGGUCGUGCCUGAUCACCUGAGAACCAAGCCUGAUCCUGAAGUAGAGGAGCAAGAGAAGCAGCUGAGCACAGACGCUGCUCGCAUUGGUACCGAUGCGGCACUGAAACAGAUCCAAAGCUUAAACAAAAUGUGCUCAAACUUAUUGGAGAAAAUCAACAAAGAAGACCGAGAGUCUGAGAGUGGAGGUUUACGGCAGAACAAGCAGACAUUCAACCCUGCUGAUACCAAUGCACUUGUUGCAGCUGUGGCCUUUGGAAAGGGUCUGUCAAACAGACGCCCACCCGGUGUAUCAGGGCCUGUACAGUCCGGUCAGCCAGGUGCCAACCCCAUCAUAGCAGGUGCUUCUGCUAUGCAGCAGGUACAAAUGUCUGGAGCAUCAAGCCAGCCACAGUCCAUGCUUGGAGGAGUGCAGAUGGCACAAGCAGGACAGCCAGGUAAAAUGCCCAGCGGCAUAAAAACCAAUAUCAAAUCAGCUUCAAUGCAUCCCUAUCAAAGGUGAGUAGGAAAUAUUCUGGCUUGUUGCUGCUUCUGGACAUCCUUUCAGACUUCAGCUCACUCUCAACAGCAAGAUUACUGACUAUAAGUUCUGUCUCCUGAGAUAAUUUACCUUCUCAUUGAGAUCAUUUAUUUACACGGCUGUGGUUUAUCCCUUGGGACUCAGAAGUGUUCAGUGUGUUCAUACAAAAUGGCAUAAGCAUUCCUUUGGGAAGAACACAUCUGCCGAUGAGCCAGGCCUGGAUGAGGAGCAGAUCUUGACUCUUUUCUACGUGUGUAAAUAUGAAGUCUGAUUGUCUUGGAGUGCGUUUCUUUUGCGAUUAGAAUUGAAUGGUGGUGGUGGAGGAGUAGACAUGCAAGAUGUACAUUUGAUGGUUUUUUUGUUUAAUAAAGAUCAGAUGUUC